AUGCUUCAGGCGACGGAGAAAAGGCUUGCAAAGAACCCAGAGCAUGCUGAAGUUUACAAACAGCAGAUGCAAGAGAUGGUCGAGAUGGGGUUUUCGAGAAAGCUGACCGAUGAAGAGAAGAAGAGGCAUGAUGGGCCUGUCCAUUACAUUGGUCAUCAUGCGGUUGUCAGGCCGGAAAAAAAGAGCACACCAGUGAGAAUUGUGUUUAACUCAUCAGCAGUUUUCAAGGGACAGUGUCUGAACGACUACUGGUUCAAAGGGCCAGACUUAUUACAGAGUCUGUUCGGAGUACUCCUUCGCUUCAGAGAACACAGAGUUGCGAUAUGCGCCGACAUAUCCAAGAUGUACCACCGAGUACUGAUUCCAGAAUCCGAUCAGCACGUCCAUCGGUACUUGUGGAGAGGAUUAGAUUCAGAGAGAGAACCGGAUGUGUACGUGAAAACUGUAGUCACGUUUGGAGAUAAGCCUGCUGCAGCAAUGGCCCAGAUAGCUCUGAGGAGGACAGCAGUAGAGGGAGAGUCUCAACAUCCUAAGGCAGCAGAAGUACUGAAACGUGAUACGUACAUGGACGACAUAUGUACCUCAGUAAGAACGUCAGAGGAGGCGAAAGCUCUUGUCAAGGACAUAGAUGAGGUGCUAGCUGACGGAGGCUUCAAGGUGAAGGGUUGGCAAUCCAACGAACAGCUGAAAGAUGAGACUUCUCAGAUGAAAACCAACGUUCUUGAGAAUCUGAGUGAGGAGAAGGUUCUGGGGAUGGUAUGGAACCAAAACACAGAUGAGUUUUCAUACAGAGUGAAAAGAAGUAUGAUCCCAGAUCUUCCAGACGAACAGAAAGACACCACUAGCAAAUGGACAAAGAGACGGAUACUAAGCCAGAUUGCAAAGAUCUUUGAUCCCAUAGGAUUUGCUUCAGCAUUACUGGUGAAGGCAAAGAUAGGAAUGCAACGCCUGUGGCAGCUUGGUUUAGAUUGGGAUGAAGAGCUACCCUCCAGAGAAAAGGCAGAAUGGGUAAAACUCUUCAGAGAGAUGGAGAACUUAGAUGGAGUGUCCUUCCAGAGAUGUUUGACACCACCCGGUGCAAUGAGACGACCUACAUUAUGUGUCUUUUGUGAUGCAUCUGAAGAGGCAUUUGGAGCUUGUGUUUACAUUCGCUGGGAGUUAGAGGAUGGCAGCUAUGAUGUUAGAUUUGUGACGGCGAAAUCUAGAGUGGCACCACUAAAGAAGUUGACGCUGCCGAGAUUGGAGCUACAAGCUGCAGUGGUUGCUGUUAGACUUGAUGCAACCAUCAGAGAUGAGACCACACUAGAGUUAAGAGAGACAGUGUUCAUGACAGAUAGCAAGAAGUUUUAA